CUCCGUUGAGGUCUAAUGCCCAGAGCUGGUGCUGAUCCCUUCCUUUCUCUCCAGGAGCUGGUGAGCAGACUGCUGCACCUGCACUUCAGGGACAGCAAGACCAGAGUCAGCGGGGAUGCCCUGCAGCUCAUGGCAGAGCUGCUGAGGAUCUUUGUCACAGAAGCCGCUGUCCGCGGGAUCCGGCAGGCCCAGGCGGAGGACGCCGCCCUUGUCGAUGUGGACCAGCUGGAGAAGGUCCUCCCACAGCUGGUAUGUGGGGUAGGGAGGGCAGCACGGUACCCUAGGCCGGCCCCCAGCCGCUCCCUCACACCCUUCUCCACAGCUCCUGGACUUCUAGCGGCUGCCUCCGAGCUACGUGGCCUGAGGGGCGUGACGCACACUGCACCUGAGUGUGGAGCUUCCCGGCCUCAGAUGCUGCCAGGACCCAGCAACUACCAACCUCCUGGUGUCCUCUGCUUGCCGCUCACUAUCUUCUUGGGGUCUUGUGAGGGAAUGGAGGCCUUGUCUGCCUCUGGCCACCGCUAGCUCAGGUGGCCACAGUGUUUUAUAAAUAAACCAGCUGAUGGCAGCACUGCUUUCUUGCCACCUAA